AUGGCCAACAAGGUCGCUCGGAGGACCAUUGCAUCUGCCACUGCUUCCCCUACGAAGCAAAUUGGAGAUGCAAAGCUUGAGGCUAAAAAGAAGGGGGUGAAAUCAACUUUUGGCAAGUUUGGAUGGGUGCUAAAGCUUUUUGCUAUAGCGGCGGCUGUUAGUGGAAGCUACUUAAUAGGCCGAUACAAAUAUCUGCGCUCUGUCCACUACAUCGCCCGUACUGACGUGAUAGAACAUCGUCGCUAUAAUGUUUCUUGCUUAGCAGAUGAGAGCUCUACCCUGUCUGUAGCGGGCUGUCACCUGGCGAAUGGAACCAUGUGCGGCCGUGCUAUCAUUGAUAACUUUGUGUCGCCACAGAAUAUCAUCGAUCUGCGCAAAAUUGCUGAGAUUGGAAUGCAGGGUCGGUCGGCGCUUGGUGGCCCCACGAUUAUGGAUAUCAAUACAGGAUUUGUUCGCGACAGCGAGGGGUUGAUUAACAUUUACCAGCCUGAGCAGCGACUUCCCGACGAGGAUAAACCGGGCAUUAAACGAUUUUCGAGGAGGCAAUUUAAGUUGUACCGCGAUAUCGUGAGGAAAGUUCGUUUAGCCGUGAUGGAAGAAUUUGAUCUUACAUUGCUGUAUUUUACCGUACCGACGUUUAUUACUCGUUUGGUUGGAAACGCUUCGUGGACGCCCGCUGUGAUUCACGAUGAAUAUUGGCACCCGCAUGUGGAUAAGGAGAACACGAGACACUAUGAUUACUCGGGGCUUCUUUAUCUUUCAGAUUAUGGUGAAGAAUUUACUGGAGGCCUCUUUUCAUUUAUUGACGAAGACAACAAAGAAACGAUUAUCGAGCCUGCUCGUGGCCGCCUUUUAAUCUUCACGGCUGGUUCCGAAAAUUUGCAUGCAGUGAGAAUGGUGGAGACAGGUACGCGUCAUUACACAUUUGGAAUGAAUCCAGCCGAAUUUACGGACAAGACGAACGAGUACCUGCGCAGCGCCCAGGACAUGGCAGAGGAGUUGGGGCACUCGCAGCUCACUCCUUUGCACGUUGCCUACUCAUUAUUCGACGACAAUAAUGGUACUGCGAAGCGCUUAGCUAAUUUAGUACAUGGCAACGUUCCUGGCUUCCAGCAGGACGUUAUGUUACAGCUUAAGAAGCUUCCGAAGCAGACACCUGCGCCGGAUUCGAUUGGUGCUGACUCAUCGCUCGUAAAGAUGCUCAAGUAUGCACACAAAAUGCGCAAAGACAUGAAGGAUACACAUUUGGCGGCCGACCAUUUGAUCAUGGCCCUGUUUAACAACUCACAGGUUGCCAGUUUACUCAAGAGUAAUCAAAUGGACGAGAAUCAAAUAAAAGACGCGGUGCAAAAGAUCCGAGGUGGACGACCAGUUACUAGUGCUGCAGCCGAGGAAAACUACGAUGCGUUGAACAAAUACGGUCAAAACUUAAUUGAGCUAGCAGAAUCUGGCAAAAUUGAUCCAGUGAUUGGUCGAGACGAGGAGAUUCGACGAGUUAUUCGCAUCCUGUCACGGCGAACCAAGAAUAAUCCGGUUUUGAUUGGUGAACCUGGUGUUGGAAAAACUGCGAUUGUCGAAGGAUUGGCUCGCCGUAUUGUUGUGGGUGAUGUACCUGAGUCGCUGAACUGCAAGCUUAUUAGUUUGGAUAUGGGUGCCCUUAUUGCUGGUGCUAAGUAUCGCGGUGAGUUCGAGGAGCGUUUGAAGGCGGUGCUGAAGGAAGUCAAGGACAGCAAUGGUAAAAUUAUUUUGUUCAUCGAUGAAAUGCACUUGAUUCUUGGUGCCGGUCAAACAUCGGGUGCUAUGGACGCUGCAAAUUUGCUUAAACCGAUGCUCGCACGUGGUGAACUGCGUUGCAUUGGUGCGACAACGUUGGACGAGUACCGCGAGCAUGUGGAGAAAGAUAAGGCGUUUGAACGUCGUUUUCAACAAGUUUUGGUUAAAGAGCCUACUGUCACAGAUACAGUAAUGGAUGGAGCGCUUGUCGCUGCGGCUAAGCUCGCCGACCGCUAUAUCAAAGAACGAUUCAUGCCUGAUAAGGCCAUUGACAUUAUUGACGAAGCUUGCGCUAAUGUUCGGGUUCAAUUGGACAGCCAACCUGAGGUGAUUGAUGAAUUAGAACGUCGGCAACUACAGCUUCAAGUCGAGGCUACUGCACUCGAAAAGGAGAAGGAUGCCUUGAGCAAACAGCGCCUGGUUAAGGUGCAGGAAGAGUUAAAUAAAAUUCAAGAUGAGCUUGGACCGUUGAAACUUCGUCACGAAGCGGAAAAGGCGCGUGUAAACGAGAUUCGUGAUUUGCGCGAGAAGUUGCAGCACUUGCAGCUAAAGGCAGAGCAGGCAGAACGUAAUCAGGAUUUGCAGACUGCGUCUGAUCUGCAAUAUUAUGCUAUUCCUGAUGUGAAGCGUCGUAUUGCUGCUGCAGAGGAAGCAAAGAUCCGUGAGGACCAAGACGAUAAUCAGCAAAAGAUGGUUGAGGAAGUUGUUCGUGAAGAUCAGAUUUGCGAAGUGGUUGCACGUUGGACGGGAAUACCAGUCUCCCGGCUAACUGCUAGUACAGGCGACCGUCUCAUGCACUUGGAGGAGCGUAUUCACAAGCGUGUGGUUGGUCAAGAAGAAGCAGUCAAGGCUGUCUGCGACGCAGUGCUUCGCUCGCGUGCAGGCCUUGCUCGCUCUGGUCAGCCUACCGGUAGCUUUCUCUUUCUGGGUCCGACAGGUGUCGGCAAGACUGAGUUGGCUAAAGCCCUCGCGUAUGAGCUCUUCGACGACGACAAACACAUGGUGCGUGUUGAUAUGAGCGAGUACAUGGAAGAACAUAGUGUCUCUCGACUCAUUGGAGCACCCCCAGGAUUCGUCGGGUACCAGGAAAGUGGUCAGCUCACAGAAGCUGUGCGUCGAAAUCCUUACAAUGUGAUCCUGUUAGACGAAAUUGAAAAAGCCCAUCCGAAAGUUCUGAACAUUUUGCUUCAAGUGCUCGAUGACGGACGACUAACGGAUUCGCAUGGACGUACGGUCGACUUCGCUAACGCUGUGAUCAUUAUGACGUCUAACAUCGGAGCUGAGCACCUGCUUUUCGAAAAUGAGCUGUCACCACGUGCUAGCAAGAAAUUUAAGACGGAAAAUGAUGCUUUAGACAACGACAAAGAGACUAAGCGCGAGUUUGUCAGGCAGCGAAAAUUAGUACUUCAACAGCUACGUCAAACAGUCCGACCAGAGCUGCUAAAUCGUUUGGACGACAUCGUUGUGUUCGAGCCACUUGGACGCAAGGAGCUGCGGAAGAUUGUGCUGUUGCAGUUUGAGUCUGUGAUCAGGCGCCUAAAGGAGUCGCGGAUAUCUGUCAAUGUAACGGUUCCUGCUCUUGAUGUGAUUCUAGACGAAUCUUACGAACCUCAGUACGGCGCCCGCCCAAUCAAGCGAUUCAUUGAGAAGCACAUUGUGACCGAUUUGAGCAAACUUAUUAUCGCCGGAAAGUUAGUCGCCAAAUCGCAUGUAGAAAUUACAGCAAACAACUCCAAGCUGUCAUUUAAAAUUUCGCAAGUGGACAGUGACAUUGAGAUGAUUCCGUAA